AUGCCUCAAGCUGCUGGGCUUGGUGGGUCCGUGAGGGGAGAGGGGCUGCCACUUUCUAACCUCGGCGGAGAGGUCGCGGGAAAUAUUCAGAAUGAUCGUUCAACAACCUCCUUGAUCGACACCGUCGAAAUCGUUUUCGCGUUCAAAGUGCAAUGGCUGCAGUACCAUCUCCUGGGAAUCGGCAAAUACCCCGGAGUCGUUCAAGGGUGGUAUGUCAGCGAUGCCAUGCACGUAAAGUCAAAUGUAACCUGA